UCGAUGAGGCACUGCAUUCCAUUCUAGGUGCGGCCGCCACCACUACCCCACCACUGACCGUGGACUCUGAGGAUGGGAUAUUGUCGACGGCCGCUUCCUCGGAGAUGUUAGCGGACGGGGAAGAUGAGGAAGCUGAGGAGGAGGACGAGGCAGUCGACAGCGCUUACAAUGCUGAUUUCCCAGACAGCCAGGAUCUCUUCAUCACCCUCACAGAGAUUCCCCUACCAACCGUCCCCAGGCGUUAACCCAGACCCUGAAUCAGGGGAAGGAUCAGUCGUUGCGACUGUUUCCCGACCUACCCUGGCAUCCCCCUCACAGAGGCUGGCGCAGAUUAGGCGGAGAAAGAAAAGGACACGGGACGACAUGUUCUCAGAACUUAUGGGCUGCUCCCGAGCUGAUGCGGCCCAGCAGACCCAGUGGAGGGAGAACAUUUCACAAUACCAGCAAGCACACAGGGAACGGGAGGAGAGGUGGCAGCAGGAAGACCAGCAGGCGACUCAAACGCUGCUUGGACUAAUGAGAGAGCAAACGGAAACGCUCCGGCGCUUUGUGGAUGUUCUGCAGGACCGGAGGCAGGAGGACAGAGCCCCACUGCAGUCUAUCUCUAACCGCCCUCCCCUGCCACAAACUCCCAUACCCCCCUCACCCAAAGUCCCAAGAAGGAGGGGCAGCAGGGGCCGUGAAAACUGUCACUCCACCGCUGCAGACUGCACAAUGUGCAGCAGCAUAACUAAAAACUACAAAACAUCUUCAAUUACUGAGAGAGAAAAUGACUAA